AUGUCCGAGGGACCCAGAGCUCCCCGGUCAGCCCUCUGGCUCCUGGCCCCCCCACUACUGCGGUGGGCACCCCCUCUCCUCACCGUGCUGCACAGUGACCUCUUCCAGGCCUUGCUGGACAUCCUCGACUAUUAUGAGGCUUGUAUCUCAGAGAGCCAGCGUCUGGCAGACAGUGCCAUUGACCUCUACACCAUGGUGGUAGUGCUGUCCAGGGCCUCGAGAUCCCUGAGCGAGGGCCACCCUACAGCCCAGCACGAGAAGAUGCUCUGCGACAGCUGGUGUAUCGAGGCGGCCGCGCGGGUCCGGGAGACCAUGACCGCUCUGCAGUCUGACCCGCAGCAACAGGAGCUCUUCCGGAACUUCAAAAGCAUCUCCACGGCCUUGGUGGAGCGAGGCGGUGUGGAGGGCCUGGCCCCCGGGCGGCGGCUGCUCUCGGAGGCCCACUGCCUGCCUCACAAGGUGCCCAGCCCUUCCUCCUCCCAGGGUACCGCUGACCACCGCUACCCUGCACAGGACAGAGUUGGACGGACAGAGGAGGAGGCUCAGACAGCUUUUCAUCUCCUUUUCCCCUCACAGGCCAAUUCUCCUCCUGUGAUUGUCAACACAGACACCCUAGAAGCCCCGGGAUAUGUGAACGGGACGGAGGGGGAAAUGGAAUACGAGGAGAUCACAUUGGAAAGGGGCAACUCAGGUCUGGGCUUCAGCAUCGCAGGCGGCACCGACAACCCACACGUUGGUGACGACCCGUCCAUCUUCAUCACCAAGAUCAUUCCUGGCGGGGCCGCGGCCCAGGACGGCCGCCUCAGGGUCAACGAUAGCAUCUUGUUUGUGAAUGAGGUGGACGUGCGGGAGGUGACCCACUCAGCCGCGGUGGAGGCCCUCAAGGAGGCGGGCUCCAUCGUCCGCCUCUACGUCAUGCGGCGGAAGCCUCCAGCUGAGAAGCUUAUGGAGAUCAAACUCAUCAAGGGGCCUAAAGGUCUUGGCUUCAGCAUCGCGGGGGGCGUAGGGAACCAACACAUCCCCGGAGAUAACAGCAUCUAUGUGACAAAGAUCAUCGAAGGGGGUGCCGCCCACAAGGACGGGAGGCUGCAGAUUGGGGACAAGAUUCUAGCGGUCAACAGUGUGGGGCUGGAGGACGUCAUGCAUGAGGACGCCGUGGCAGCCCUGAAGAACACAUAUGACGUUGUCUACCUGAAGGUGGCCAAGCCCAGCAAUGCCUACCUGAGUGACAGCUAUGCUCCCCCAGACAUCACAACCUCUUAUUCCCAGCACCUGGACAACGAGAUUAGUCACAGCAGCUACCUGGGUACCGACUACCCCACAGCCAUGACCCCCACCUCCCCUCGGCGUUACUCCCCGGUGGCCAAGGACCUGCUGGGGGAGGAAGACGUUCCCCGGGAACCGAGGCGCAUAGUGAUCCACCGGGGCUCCACGGGCCUGGGCUUCAACAUUGUGGGUGGCGAGGACGGUGAGGGCAUCUUUAUCUCCUUCAUCCUGGCCGGUGGCCCUGCGGACCUCAGCGGGGAGCUGCGGAAGGGGGACCAGAUCCUCUCGGUGAACGGUGUUGACCUCCGCAGCGCCAGUCACGAGCAGGCUGCCAUCGCCUUGAAGAACGCGGGCCAGACGGUCACCAUCAUCGCUCAGUAUAAACCAGAAGAGUACAGCCGAUUUGAGGCCAAGAUCCACGACCUUCGGGAACAGCUCAUGAACAGCAGCCUGGGCUCAGGGACCGCCUCCCUGCGGAGCAACCCCAAAAGGGGUUUCUACAUCAGGGCCCUGUUUGAUUACGACAAGACCAAGGACUGUGGCUUCCUGAGCCAGGCCCUGAGCUUCCGUUUUGGGGACGUGCUGCACGUGCUCGACGCCAGUGACGAGGAGUGGUGGCAGGCACGGCGGGUCCACCCCGACAGCGAGGCCGAUGACAUCGGCUUCAUCCCCAGCAAACGGCGGGUCGAACGACGGGAGUGGUCAAGGUUAAAGGCCAAGGUAGGUGGGGGAGCGAGCUCGGGUGGAGGAGGGAAGCACUGCAUCCUCGAUGUCUCGGCCAAUGCCGUGCGGCGGCUGCAGGCGGCCCACCUGCACCCCAUCGCCAUCUUCAUUCGCCCCCGCUCCCUGGAGAAUGUGCUAGAGAUUAAUAAGCGGAUCACAGAGGAACAAGCUCGCAAAGCCUUCGACAGAGCCACCAAGCUGGAGCAGGAAUUCACAGAGUGCUUCUCAGCCAUCGUGGAGGGCGACAGCUUUGAGGAGAUCUACCACAAGGUGAAGCGUGUCAUCGAGGACCUCUCAGGCCCCUACAUCUGGGUCCCGGCCCGAGAGAGACUCUGA